GUGUCCGGUGCGGCGGGGGGGAGGCGGAGCGGUUGAUGCGGUAUCAGUGAGUCUGUUUAAAGAGCUGUAAUAAGAUCCAGAGGUGCUGUAAGAGUUGGAUAUAAACGCGAGACAAGUAACGUGCGCGGUUUAAACGUUCAGCAGCACUGUUAAGUAUCAGGAGGCCCUGAAUUACUGUCACCUCCGGCCGGAUACUGAUACUGCGGCAAGCGUAAAAGCAUCUCCUGAGUUGGAGUCGCGAGCUUUCCGCCGCAUCCCAGCGCUGGGUGAGGGAAAUGAGCUGAGACGGAGUCGACUCCUCUGUAUCAGCUAACGAAUUUCUUACCAAAAUGAGGAUUUUUAUGAUUGCGACAAAAUCCAACUAUCACUAGUGAUGGUGACAUCACGUGCACAAGGUGUUGCGGAUCCGGACAAUCUGAUCUCGGAGCUCUCGACUCUAAGCCUGUGUUAGCGACCUUGGAUUCGGAUACAGUCGGAUUCAGAUGAAAUUAUGAACUCGCUGCUUUUCGGAGACAUGUUGUCCGCAGGGAUGCUUGCCGCGCUGCCCGGAAGCGGUUCGGGCGCGAGCGCGCUGCGCGACGAUCUGGGCUCCAACAUUCACGUGCUGAAGACGCUGAACCUGCGUUUCCGCCGCUUCUUGGCCCGAGUGCACGAGCUCGAGCGCAGGAACAAGGCGUUGGAGAGCCAGCUGAAGCUUGCCGCCGAGAGAGUGACCUAUCACCCUCUGUUCACGCGCGACGUGGCCGUGCAGACCGACUCGACCGAGCCGAGGCUACCGGGCACCAUCUGGAGCUACACGCACGUGCGGCGACGCGGGGAGCGCGUGGAGACGCUGCACGGGCCCGGGGUGUCGUGGUCGCACCCGGACGGCGUGGGCGUGCAAAUAGACACAAUCACACCCGAGCUCAGGGCACUGUACAACUUUCUGGCCAAAGUCAAGCGCGAGCGUGACGAGUACAGGACCAAGUGGCAGAUAGAGCUGUCUAGACGAGAGCAGAUGGAAACGAUGCUGGAGACACUGCAAGAGAGCGCUCAGGAGUCAGAGUCCAUUCAGGAAGAGCUGAGGAAUAAAGUGGAGCGAUUAAAGGCUGAACUGGUGGUCUUCAAAAGCCUCAUGAGUGAUGGUGGCCGGCAUCCUGCUUCUCGUUCUAGAGCUGCAGAAAACAUGAGAAGGGUCCCUGAUCUGAAACAAAUGUCCGAGCUGGACUCUAAAAUCCAGGAGAAAGCCAUGAAAGUGGACAUGGACAUCUGCAGGAGAAUCGACAUCACGGCGAAACUCUGUGAUGUAGCGCAACAGAGAAAUUCUGAAGACAUAAUAUUCAAUGUCAGUCCGUCCAGGGCUCCAGCGGGGCCCGUGGCCUGUAGGAGAAAAGAGAAGAAGGCUUUGUCAGAUGAGGAAACCUCAGAGAUGGAUGCAGAUCCAAGCACGUCGGAAGAGGAAGCGGCGGGACCACUCAACAUCACGGACGAGAUGAAGCGCAUGCUCAAUCAGCUGCGGGAGAAUUUUGACAUCGACGAUGAUUGUGACAGUUUGACGUGGGAAGAAAACGAGGAAACGCUGCUGCUGUGGGAGGACUUCACCAACUACAACGUGCCGUUCAUCAGCACCACAACCAACGGUGCAGACUGUGAAGGAGGCAGCCAGGAAGCUGAUUGCAGUCUGGGAAGUCUCAUUGAUGAGACUGAGACGCUUUUCAAGACCAGGGAAGAGGAAUACCAGGCAACAAUCGGCCAGAUUGAGAUGGAGUUGGCUACAGCUAAGAGUGACAUGAAUCGGCACCUCCAUGAGUACAUGGAAAUGUGCAGUAUGAAGAGAGGGUUGGACGUACAGAUGGAGACAUGCAGGAGAAUGAUCAAGGGCGGGAGAAACUCUCCGUCCUUCAGCUCGGUGGCGAGCAGUGACUCAGGGAACACAGACGAGAUCCAGGAUGAGUCAGACAAGGAUGGAGACACAGAGGGGGCAAUCAGCUGAUAUUUACCCAGCCGGGUGACACCCUCCCCUCACGAGCUCCUAUCAGCUCCAAGGCCACUCAGCAUUUGGCCAAUGGUAUCGAGCAGGACCAGUCCAAAGGAACUCUGAUGGACAGGUCCCAUUUUCCUGUAGGUGCUUUAAAGUCUCCUUUCUAGUGGGGAAGGUGAAGAGGGACGUUCUCUUGCCCCUUGAGCAUUGUGCCUCUGCAACGAUAUCCAAGGGUGUUCUGUCAGUCUGAGCAAUCACAAGCUUCAUUUACAAUCUGUUUUCCAGAGUAGGCAACCCAAAUUGUACCUUUUAAACCACAUUUCAGUAUCAGUAUCAAGACCCAACAGAAAUUUACAGUCAUAAAGAGCCAUUUCGCAUGUAUGAAUCUUGGAUGGGUUGGAUAUCCAUUAAGAUGCCAGAAUGAUUAUAUUUUCUGUCUUUUCUACAAUGCUGUAUUAUUCAGAAGGCAGAAUAAUAGCUUUGAUGGCCUUCUGCUGCCUCUAAACACUAAUUAACAAAAACCCAGUAGCGUGUGUGUGGACGGAAUGCAGCACAGCUCAAGAUAUCUCUAAGGUCUAUGCAAAUGGUUAGCCUUAUUUCAUGUUUUCAUCUUAUCCGAUGAUAUGUGUAUCCUAAUUGCCAUCUUUGCUGGGAAUACAGUUCUCGCCAUCGUAACGAGUGCUUCUAGUGGAAAUCAUGAGGCCUGUAAUGUUUACAAGCUCUUAGAGGGAGCUGUGGUGUGGUAUAGGUGCCUACUCAAGAGUACUACACUUUAAAAAAUAAAAAAAAAAUAAAAAAUUUAAAAAAAGGGGUUCUGUGUUCAAAUAUCAUAAUUCUCGAUUGAAAAGAGCUAUGUGCCUGAUCUUAUGACUGGACUUUUUGAUUUUGAUGGCCUUAAUGUAUUCACUUGCUUUUUUUAAAAAAAACAAAUUGCAGCCUACAUAUUUGCUCGGAUAGACUUCUUGUUUUGUAUGUCUUAAUGUUUUUUGCUGUUUCUUCCAAAGACGAAGCUGCCUUAUUUUGUUAAGCGGCUUAAAUGAUUGUAAGAGAUUUCAGGUAGCAAUUCUUAUUGUAAAACGGACAUUUUUGUUGAGAGUAGGUUACGGUCACUACUGCUAAUAUAUUAAUUUAGUGAUGAUGACCAACCAGAUAUGCCAGCAUAAUUUCAACCAUAAUAUGUCUCACGUUUGGCCAGCAGAGUAAGAAAAGUUUAUCUCUGUAACUGGGCUCAAGAAUGCUAUUAGUAUUUCCAUACUACGAAUAUUGUUAUUUUUGCCUCUUUUUUUUUCCAUGUUUGACUUUUUGACAUUUAUGUUGUAUACAAAAGUUUUCAAACAUAUUUUUGCAUGUUCAUUUAAAUGUCAUUUAUGUUUGUUUUCUCUAGGAUUUCUUGUGUUCAUAUUUAAACUGUCUAUUUAAACUGGUGUAAAAAGGAGGUCCUGACAUUAAUAACAAAUGAUUGGUUGUAAAACGAUGCACAAAACAGCAAAAUGCAGUUGCGAUCAUUUGAGCCUCCAUAAUUCACAGAGAUGAAUCCAUCUUAUUCAGUUUUUAUUAUACUGUAUUAUAUUCUACUUCUUAAAAGUCGUUAUAGAAUUUCCUAUGAAAGAAAUCAAAGACCUGCUUAGGGUUUUAUACGAAUGUCCUUUUUUUUUUUUUUUUUUUUUUUUUUUUAAACAAUAUUCCAAUAUUCAGGGUCAUUUGGAUGCUUUUUUCUGCUAAAUAAGUCAUGCACUAAUCAAAAUUUUGCUUUUUACCCUCAAACAAUGCUUAUUUUUUAUAUUGUUUAACGCAAUAACAGGAAGACCAUACUGCAUUUCUUUGUGCCAGAAACAACAAUAGAAGUCUCAGUAGAGACUUCCUUUUUGUCACAGUGAAAUGUAAAUAUAACGUUUACAUGAACGUAAAAGAGAUCUAGGAAAAUAUUGUCCAGUUUAAAGGUGCAGUUUGUAAAAUUAUAGACCUAUAAAAAAAAAAAAAUCAUAUAACAAUUAGACAAUUUCAAACAUACCUUUCUUGACAUUUGCCACACUGAUAUGCAACAGAUCUGGCUAGUUUCUUCAUUUAAUGCUUCUGUUGGCAUUUUGUCCGUCCUUGAAAUUUGAAAUGGAACUUCUCAGCUAUGUCUCUUUUCCUUAAAAGGCAACUCACAGGGAUACAUAGCUUCAAUAGUGGAUUUGUUGGGUUGAGGGGAAGGGAAAAGCUUGUCAGUUUUCACUCCAGUUCCAGUUCACCAGUGCACCAGAAAGUGCAAUAAAUUACAAACUGCUCCUUUAAGUGCAUGUUACAAUGGUAACUAAGUAUUAGGUUAAGGUUUAAGAUUUUGUGCUCGUGACCACAAGGCUGUGAGUUCACUUCCCAGGGUUGCCACUGAUGGGUUCUUGAACAAGACCCUUAACAAACUGGCUGUUUCACUUUGUAAGUUGCUUGUAAGCUACAUAUGAAUGUGCUGAUACAAAUGAAUUUCUGUCAUGUAGACACUGGAGCUUUAUUGAAGUAGCAGUAAAGAGAUGGCCUGAAGCUCCUUGUGGUGGGUUUAAAAAAAAAAAAAAAAAAUUUAUAAGAAACAUCUUUGCAUCAUUUUGUGUGCCACAUUCACCAUUACUCUUAUCAUUUGAACUCCUGAUACCUCAAUCACUGGAUAUACAUUACAUCCAUGUAGACACAUCAUCUAUAAAUAGUUUCGGUGUGCAAUAUUAUGCAUUCCAGUAUUGUUUUUAACAUACCUUCCUUGACUUCCCCUCACCACUUGCCUAUUAGUUAUUAAGCAAAACUUACCCAGAAUCUGAUUGUUGAGUGAAACUAUACAUACUUGAUAUUCUUGAAAAAUAUCAAACUUCCAUCCAUCCAUCCAUCCAUCCUCAACCACUUAUCCGUAGUCGGGUCGCGGGAAAAUGUCAAACUGGAUUUUAUGUAGCCAUCUACUACAUUCAUGUGCGAUAGCUGAUGUUAUUUAAUUCACUUAAUACUGCUAGCUUAUUAGCAUACUGACUAGGUAGAACCCUAUUUAGCUAGUUAAAAUGAGAUAGACCAGGAAAACUUAUCAUUUGCUUCAUCAGAGACAGCAGUUUUUGAAUUACAGGUGAGCCAAAAAGUACAUGAACUCCCCUAAGAGCAAUAAAAGCAUAGGGGGGCACAAAAGCAAUAAUUUAUAGGAGUUAUACUAAGCCCAUCUAUCCCAAGGCAAAGGAGUCUCCUUUCUAUUCAUUGACCAUAAAUUAAAGUUGAACACAAUAUAAGUCCUUAUGAGCUCUUAGUGGAAUUACAUUAUUUUAUUUUGCUUUUUAUUGAAUUGAUAUUUGUUUGUCAAUACGCUACUACAAGAAAAAACUGAAUGGAGAAAAACACUUUCAAAUGAAAAAUACCAUUCAGUAGACUACAAUUGUAUAAAUAAUGGGUUUACAUGCAUGUGAACGAGAUAUUGGUAUAGACUGUACUGUUUAAAAGUGCAGUUUUUUCAAUGUAAAUGUGCUAUAGACCUAUACCCAUCAUAUCAUUUUAAAACCUACCUUGGAAAAACUGAUUUGCCACACUGACUUGCAACAGAUCUGACAACAGAUCUGCCCUGAAAUCUAAAAUGGCAACUAAGGAAGUAAGCACUCACAUUCCGUUAUUUUGACACUGAAAGUCAAAUACUAAAAAUAAAAUGACAAAAAAUAAAUAAAUACAGCCCCUUCUUUCAAUUGUCCUCCAAUUGUACACGUUGCAUCAACAUGGUCCUCAUCAUUUUGUUUUUAUCCUGUUUUCAGAGCCUUGGAGCACCACAUAGACCAAACAUUGUUCUCAGAGCAGAUAUUGUAUUACAAACUAUAGGACAAGAAGUUUAAUAUUACCAAAUGUCCGCACUUACUGACCGGCCCUUUAAACUGUGAUUUGGCGGUGGUGUAACAGUUAACAACUGAUAAACCUGAUCACUAGUGUACUUUCAUCCCAUUGUGCUGAAAGUGGCCACUCGUGUAGUCUGAAUGGGAAGUCAACAGGUGAACAUUAAAACCCAUACUGGAGUGCAGGAACAGUCUUCCAGUUUUAAGUUCCUCUUUGACAAAAAGAAAUCUGCUCCUUGUAGUAUUGCUUUCCUGAACACCAGGUGAUGAAUGUAUUAAGCAGUGAUGCAAUGGUUCAUUGUUUUUAUUGUAAAGCUUCAUGAUAUGAACAAAAUUCUGUAUUGCCUCAAAUGACAUGUUUCAUGAUUAUUUAAUUCUUUAAGAUGAUUACAGGACAAAAUAAAACGACGAUGGACUAAUCAGUUGCUCAUGAAACUCUUCUGUCAUAUUGCUGUGUUAUAUUAUGAAAAUGCAAAUAAUAUAUUGUCCAUCAUUACCUCGUUGAAUUGUAUAAUGUGCUUGGUCUUUCUUUAUCAAAUGGUGACAGUUUGAGACAAAUAUUAAGUAAGAAGUCAACAUUAUCUCUAUGGUUAAGCUUCAGAAACUGAAUACAGUCAUGUCUGAGCCUAAUUUGGAAAAUUGUAUUAAAUAAUUUUUUUUAAACUAGAAAUACUAUUGAAUGAUUAUCUGUAUUACAGACUUUUCCAGUAUCUCACAGCCAUGAUUUUCACCAGUAAUAUGUCUUUCAGUGUGUCUCAAUGCCCACAUAUCAAUAUUUCCUUUUCUGCAUCUUUAUUUGCAAUGUCCACAAUUAGACAUAUAUAUUUGAAAAUGAGUUGUUAUUUGUUAAUGUUUUAAAUAUGUAAGCCUUUGCAAUCUGGUGUGAGGGAUGUAAAGAUGUCUCCAAAUAAUUAAUGUGGUUGGUGCUGGGGUUUUAACACACAAAAAAAAAAAAUAAAAUAAAAUAAAAUAAAAGGUUUAUUUCUGA